AAGGAGGAGCCCGUUGCUUGCUCGAGCGAGGGGAAUCGCCAGCGUUGGAUUUAUCUGGUCGAGAGGCCACAUAUUUGGUCGAGGAUUGCCCCUUGGCCUUCUCGACACUGGCUGGGGUGUCCUUAUGGAUAGACCUCCUAUCGUCGGACUUCUUGAGGUCUGGCUUAUGCAAAAAUCCCUCUGCAUGAACAACGGAGCUUGUCAAAAGUCAAUCGACAAUAUAAAACGUAAUAAAUUUAAAGCGUAUAAUAAGGAUGACUCGAGCACCUGCUCGAGCUGUCUUAUUAACUUCAGCAAGUUUAGGAUCGAUGCGAAUUUGGAUAAUG